AUGAUGCCUUCCUUCUCCUGCCGUUUCCCUGCAACCAGACGACUGCGCCACCUCCGCAGCUUGCCCUUCCUCCUCCUUCUGUUUGCCCUCCUUACGGGCUCUGCCCUUGGGCGCGGCCGCCACGUCAUCGCCAUCCCCGCUGCCGUGCCCUUCCCACGCGGCCUCGCCUGGGACCCCUCCGCGCAGCACUUCCUCGUCGGGUCCCGCCUCUCCCACGCCGCCGUCUACUCCGUCUCCGACGCAGGCGUCGCCGAGGCCCUCGUCUCCGACCUCCUCCUCCCUUCCUCCUCCUCCGUCGCCGCCCUCACCGUUGACGACCGUCGCCGCCGCCUCCUCAUCGCCCUCGCCGGCCCCGCCGCCCUUGCCGCCUACGACCUCCGCUCCCCGCGCCCGCACCGCCGCAUCUUCCUCUCCUCGUUCCCCGACCCCUCUGCAGUCCCCGGCGGUGUCGCCGUCGACCCCAAGACUGGCUCCGCCUUCAUCACCGCUGGGAGCGUCGUCCUUAAGGCGGAUCUCGAUGGGACCGCGUCCGUCCUUUCCAGAUCGGCGAUCUACGGCGCCGAUCCGUCGUCAGAGGGCCUGGGCGCGGUGGCGCACGUGAGCCACGGGUUUCUGCUGGUGGUGGAGAGGGGUGGAACCGGGAGAAUGUUCAAGGUCGACGAAGAGGACGGUGCGGCGAAGGAGGUGCUGAGGAAGGGGGUGGGGGCGGCCGCGGAAGGGAUCGCGGUGAGGAGCGACGGGGGAGCGGUGCUGGCGCGGGGAGGAGCGGGGACGCGUUGGCUGCGGAGCCGGGACGGGUGGGGAGAUGCGGCGGUGCAGGACGAGGCGGCGGUAGAGGAGGGUUGGCAGGCCACAGCCGUGGCCGUGCGUGAGGGGCGGAAGGCGUACGUUCUGGUGACACCUGGAGAAGAGGAAGGCGGAGAAGAGAAGAAGGUGAGGAGGAUCGAGGAGGUGGAGUGGGGGAAGGAAGGGGAAGGGGAGAUGGUGUGGGGAUUUGUGCUGAUUGGUCUGGGAUUGGCUUAUUUCUGCUACUGGAGGUUUCAGAUGGGGCAGCUUGUCACCAACCUGAACAAGAAGAGAGCAUAGUAACAACAGAGAAACUGCAUGAGAAGAGGAAGAACACAAAAUGGCCAUUUGAGUAUAGUAACAACAGAGAAACUGCAUGAAAAGAGGAAGAACACAAAAUGGCCAUUGAGUAUAGUAACAACAGAGAAACUGCAUGAGAGCAGGAAGAAAACAAAAUGGCAAUUGAGUUUUUGAUGUUUAUGAGAAUUGUAAGGGUUUUCAGAUUCACAAUGGAUCACUAGUGGUGUUUAUCACUAUUUAUUA